AUGGCCCAAAAUGAGGAUAUCAACCCACGCCCAUUCAACCCCCGCCCAUUCUGUCCCGAUCCCCUAGUCAUCGAGCCUCAGCAACGUAUUAAGCAGCUUAGAGAAUACCUGGAAGAUCCGGCUCCCAAAAUGCAACGCCACAGAACUAACAUUCAAGGACUCAUCCGAAUGUAUGAGACUGGGGAACUCGGGCCCCUUGUCUUUCCUGGUCAGGAGACGAUCUGGAUCUGUGAGGGGAAGAUCAUGGAUCCGCCGCCUCGCCUUGAUGACCUUGUGCACAUUAUUCCACAUUCUGCCGUAUGGGCCGAGGACAGUCUCUACCUUCUACCUUCGCUACAUUUUAAUAAUUCCUAA